GUAUCUUUCACACCACUCCUUGCGCCAAACGCUCUUUUCGUCACCUUCUUCACUAUUCUCUUUACUAUCCAAAUCAUUCUGACCGCUAGAUUCUGGCGCUUCUACGGCUAUGCCAUCGGCAUGUUAGGCGGCCUCCUCUUAGAACUGCUAGGCUACGUCGCCAAAGUCCAACUCUCCCAUAAUCGAGCCAACAAGAACGGAUACAUCAUGUACAUCAUUGGCCUCACCCUAGGCCCUACCUUUCUUUCCUCGUCCCUGUAUCUCGGUAUAAGCACCUUGCAAAGACACUAUAAAUCAGCCCGCCUCGCACGCAUCAGCCCUCGGCUCUUUGCCUCUCUAUUCAUCCUCGGCGAUUUUAUAUGUCUUUGUUUCAUCGGAUGUGGAGGCUCUCUUGCCGCAAUAUUCGACACGAAUCCCAUAGGAGUCGAUCUUAUGAUUGCAGGCCUCGCAACACAAGUCUUGUUCACAGCAAUAUUCUGCCUUCUUCUCGUCAUAGUGUGCUUCAAGAUACACAAACAGCUUGCCGAAGACAAGAGGCUAGGAUACAUUGUUGGCGCAGCAGUAGCUGCCGUUUGUCUUUUUAUACGCUCCUGUUGGCGUGUUGCCGAGCUCAAUGGAGGUUUCAACGGCCCCCUGUCAUCAAAAGAGGGCAUCUUCAUCGCAUUAGACUCCGUUCCCAUGAUUCUCAUGUCGGUUCUCUUGACAGUAAUACACCCAGCGUUU